AUGUCCAAACCUUGUGUGAUGCCAAGUUCAAACCGCCGCCGCCACCACCUCCGGCUCCUUCUCUUUCCAAUGUUGCUCCUGUUGUCCGGAUGUCUACAAUCCGGUUGCUUAGCGGUGCAGAUAACGACGACUCUUGGCAGAAUUGAGAGUCUCACAGUCGAGGUGACCACGGAAACUGGGAAAAACAAGGUAGAAGCGUUUCUGGGCAUACCAUACGCCAAACCUCCGACAGGCCGAAGAAGAUUUGCUCCACCUCAACUGGUCGAGGCCUGGGGUGAAAAGGUCAUGCGAGCCGUCAAACAGAAGCCUUCGUGUUACCAGCCUCUGGGCGGCCAGUUGUCGCAGAAGUCUCCUCCUUUGCGACUUUUUCUUCCUCCCGACGAGGUGUUCUCUGAGGACUGUCUCUACUUGAAUAUUUGGGUACCGGCCGGCUAUACGCCUGGUCAGCCUGACCUUUCCACGUUGGUCUGGACGCCAUGUUCCUCGUUUAUACACGGCUCGACUGGCCAACUGCUCUACCAAGGAGCCGUUUUGGCA